UUGGGUUUGUUUUUAUCGUUAAUGUAUCCUUAAAACCAUGUUUCAUUUCAAUACUCUGAUUGCUCAUAACUCUUCCGUGUUAAGAAUUUUAAUAACUCCUAAACUAAAAUUGAUAAUAAAUAUGUCUUCUUCGUGUCAAAACAAACGUAAAGUUAUUGAUGGUGAUAAUCUAGAGCCUACAAAGCUUAAAAAGAGAAGAAAUAUUAUUGACAUCGACAGAGGUGAUUCUGAUUACUAUUUUGAGCAUGGUUUACGGAAAGUUUAUCCGUAUCUCUUUACAUUUUAUGCAUUCUGCAAAGGACGUUGGAUCGGUGAAACAAUUUUCGACGUUUAUCAAAGGGAAUUCAGAGCAAUAGAUAAACAAAAAUUGCUUGACCGUUUUGCUAAAGGCUAUAUUAAAGUUGACGACGAAACAGUUUCUCCAGACUACAUUCUCAAAGAUAAUGAUCUGAUCACUGGUAUUGUACAUAGACAUGAAAUGCCUGUCAUCGGGUUACCGCUAAAGAUUGUCCAUGAAGACGAUAAUGUUUUAGUUUUAGAUAAACCACCAUCUUUACCUGUCCAUUCAUGUGGUAGAUUUCAUUUGAAUAGUGUAUCUACUAUAUUGAGAAAAGAACAUGGAAUUGAACAGUUUCAUAUAUGCCAUCGCUUGGAUCGCUUAACUUCUGGUCUAGUUAUAACCACGAAAAAUCGUUUUUGGGCACGAAAAGUGAUUGACCAAAUCACACAACGACUUGUGGAAAAAGAAUACAUUAGUAAAGUAGAGGGCCAAUUUCCUGAGGAAGAAAUCACAUGUGACAAACCACUCUCAACUUUGAAUCACAAGGUUGGCUUACAGGUGAUAGAUGAGGCAAACGGUAAAGAUGCUUUGACUAUAUUCAAGAGAAUCAGCACGGAUGGUAAAACAAGUUUGGUUCAAUGUAGACCUCGUACUGGCAGGACGCACCAAAUUCGUGUUCAUCUCCAAUACUUGGGUUAUCCUAUCGUUAAUGAUCCUUUAUAUAAUUGUGAUUCUUUCGGACCAAACAAAGGUAAAGGAGGAGAUUUUGGUGAGGGAACAUUAGAUGAUUUAGCAAAUCGAGUCUAUGAAAAACAUCAAUAUCUUCGAGCUUUCGAUUCGGACGAUUAUAUUAAGAUGGAACCACUAAGUAAAGAAGAAAUUGAGAAGCGUCACGAAGAAAUCAAUCAAUUGAGUGAUUCAGUCAAUAAAGCAGUCACUGAAGAAUGGAGAGAUUACAUGAAAAGCAAACCGUAUGACGCAAGUAAACAAACUUUCCAUGAUGACUGUGAUGAUUGUAAAGCACAAAAAAUUGACCCUCUACCAAGUGAACUACUUAUUUACCUGCAUUGUGUUCGUUAUAAGGGUGUUGAUUUCGACUUCAAGACUGAAUUACCUUUCUGGGCGCGCGACUAAUCAAAUCAAUGACUAAAAAUUAGUGCAAAAAAUAAUUUUUUUAAUUUUUGAGGAGCAAAUUUUUCGCCAUUUAAAUGUUCCACAGCUUAACAAUUAUCAUAACAGCUCAACCAUCAAGUCUUUUGAGCAAUUAUGACCUUGUCAAUUUUCAAGUAACAGGUUUACCACCUGACAUUAAAUGGUCUCCCUAACAAUCAACAAAAAAAGCUUAACUUUGACUUCUGUACUUCUUUUCUAUGUAAAGUAUAUUUAAUCCAUAUCAAGAAUAUCGUGAUUAUACAUGUGUUUUUUCAAUAAAAAAGUAGAUACUUUGGUAGUUUA